AUGGCCGCUCCGUUGGACGCGCAUUUGCGUGCCGGUGGGACCGACCCAGAGCCCAAGCUGGUCAACCGCCUGCGCGAUAGUAGAUCGCCCUACGUUAGGGGUCACAUGGACAACCCAGUGGCCUGGCAGCUAUGGGAUGCAGAGGCGAUUGACUUGGCCCGGAGACAUAACCGGUUGAUCUUCCUCAGCAUCGGUUAUUCCGCAUGCCAUUGGUGUCAUGUUAUGGAAAAGGAAUCUUUUAUGUCGCAAGAGGUAGCUUCGAUUUUAAAUGAAUCAUUUAUUCCAAUUAAGGUGGACCGGGAGGAGCGACCGGAUAUUGACGAUGUCUACAUGAACUAUGUUCAAGCAACCACUGGCUCCGGCGGUUGGCCCUUGAGUGUAUUCCUCACCCCAGACCUGGAGCCGGUGUUUGGUGGUACGUAUUGGCCGGGUCCUAACUCCUCCAGUUUACCGGGGAGUGAGACCAUUGGAUUCGUUGAAAUCCUGGAGAAGCUGCGAGACGUCUGGAAUACUCAACAGCAACGAUGUCGCGACAGCGCAAAGGAGAUCACAAAGCAACUGAGAGAAUUUGCUGAGGAAGGGACGCACACGUACCAAGCGGACCGACAAUCCGAUGAAGAGCUGGACAUUGAACUGUUGGAGGAAGCCUACCAACACUUUGUUUCCCGAUACGACACUGUUCAUGGGGGUUUCUCCAGGGCACCGAAAUUCCCUACUCCGGCUAAUCUGAGUUUUCUGCUUCGUCUGGGAACGUAUCCGAAUGCUGUUUCGGAUGUUGUUGGUCAAAAAGAGUGCGAGAACGCCACCGCCAUGGCAGUCAACACACUUAUCAGUAUGGCCCGAGGAGGCAUUCGAGACCAUAUAGGCCAUGGUUUUGCACGGUAUAGCGUCACGUCGGACUGGCGCCUGCCUCACUUCGAAAAAAUGCUGUACGAUCAGGCCCAGCUCUUGGAUGUCUACUUGGAUGCAUUCAAAAUCACCCACAACCCCGAGCUGCUGGGUGCUGUCUACGACCUAGCCACCUACUUAACGACUAGCCCGAUACAAUCAUCGACAGGCGCUUUUCAUUCCUCCGAAGAUGCGGAUAGUCUUCCGACACCAAAUGAUACGGAGAAGCGAGAGGGCGCCUUCUACGUUUGGACCCUGAAGGAACUAACGCAGGUGCUCGGUCACCGGGAUGCAGGAGUGUGUGCCCGUCACUGGGGAGUUCUCUCGGAUGGGAAUAUUGCGCCGGAACAUGAUCCCCACGACGAAUUCAUGGAUCAGAAUGUCCUUUCGGUCAAGGUCACGCCGAGCAAACUGGCUCGGGAAUUCGGUCUGGGAGAGGAUGAGGUGGUCAAGAUUAUCCGAUCCGCCAAGCAGAAAUUACGGGACUAUCGGGAGAGGACGCGAGUGCGCCCGGAUCUGGAUGACAAGAUCAUUGUUGCUUGGAACGGCCUCGCUAUCGGGGCACUGGCCAAAUGUAGUGCACUGUUUGAGGAUAUCGAAAGCUCCAAAGCAGUGCAAUGUAGGGAGGCAGCAGCAAAAGCGGCGGCUUUCAUUAAAGAAAAUCUCUUUGACAAGUCAACCGGGAAGCUAUGGCGGGUCUAUCGUGAUGGGGCGAGGGGAGAUACUCCUGGAUUUGCCGAUGACUAUGCCUACCUCAUUAGUGGAUUGCUGGAUAUGUACGAGGCCACCUUUGAUGACAGCUACUUGCAAUUUGCCGAACAACUGCAAAAAUACUUAAAUGGACAGUUCCUUGCCUAUGCGGGAUCAACUCCAGCAGGGUAUUACAGCACGCCUUCUACGAUGACCGCAGGCAUGCCCGGUCCUCUCCUCCGUUUGAAGACGGGGACCGAAUCAGCCACACCGUCCGUAAACGGUGUCAUCGCCCGCAAUCUGCUCCGUCUCGCAAACCUGCUCGAAGAUGAGGAGUACCGAACACUUUGUCGCCAGACGUGCCAUUCCUUCGCCGUGGAGAUCCUGCAGCACCCAUUCCUGUUCGUCGGACUGCUCGAUGCGAUCGUCGGCCUCGAAGCGGGAGCCCGCAACAUUACAGGCGUGUUCACCACCGCAACGAUCACGGCCGGCCCCGAACCUUCCAGUGGUCUCCUCAGCCGUGUGGACGAGCCGACAUCUAUGCGGGAUCUGCUCGUGCAAAAGAUCCGGACCGAAGUUUCCCCGGGGGGUUCGACGUGCACCACCACAGCUUCGCUGGUGGAUAUUCGCCCUUCGCACGUGGGUGAUUUCGUUGGAAACCAGUCCUUCUGGUUGCGAACGCGAAAUAAGCUGUUCAAGGACCUCAAGCCGUCCGAGCCUGCAAAGAAUUACCUCUUAAUUUGUGAGAAAGGCAGUUGCCGGAUGGUUGAUAUUUAG